GCUUGACAACACAAUGAUGUUUCGGCGAAUAUGAUGCGAUCCCAUUAUAUUAACUAUUCUUGAAUUGGUACAAGCACGUUUUUUUACUUUAGUUUUGGACCUAUCAUUUUUUGUCCUGCAACGACUGAGGUCUUUGACGCCAAAAUGUACUUCUCUCGUACAACGAAAUCUUCGACACUCUCCUUCAAUAGAAUAAAUCACCUAAGAAACUAUCAUCGGAAAUUUCGCGUAUUAACCCGUUUGCUUCACGCUAAUUCCAAAUCGCAGCAAAUUUCAUUAAUGUGUAACACACCCAACCAGAGGGAGCAACAUGAUUUCGAGUACAAAAAUUCUCGUUUAGCUUUUUGCUAGCAGUAUCUCUUGUUUGUUGUUGUUGAUGGACGCGUCUUAUCCAUUAUGGUAGCGCAAUCGAUUCAAAUUUCCCCGCCUUCUGGAGCAGGUGGUCUCCACCAGAGGGCACUGCUGGGCCACAACAGUGAUCAACAACAGUGUUGAGAGACGCUCUGUGACAACAGUGUGCGGUGUUCCAACGGAAUUAGUUGAAUUUUGUUGAUCGCUACCAUCGGCUGAGUGUACUCUGACCCUCCGUGGGUCCUUCCGCACCUGGAAUACCAAAGCAAAGUGAAGUGAGCACCUGCACUUAAUAUCUGUGGGAUUUGUGCUUUCAACCAAACGGAUACUAUUCGCAACCCCUGCUCCACCGGAUAACCAUAUCAUAACAAUAAUAUACCGAGCAAAGACGCGGCUAUUGGCUUCUACGGCCGGGAAACCGUCAAACACGUUCGUUCCUCAAUUACAUCAGAAUACGCUAACUAUUAGAUACGUUAAACGUGAGGGUAAGCAGCAGCCGUAGUCGGGUAAAAGAAACCAACGAGUAAAAUCCACGCAUUCGUUAGCACUACGGUGAACUCCUUUUGCCUAUGCAGGGUGGUGGUGUUGCUGCUGCUGAGGCACGGGCCGCGCACAGCAUGCUGAAGUGACCGAAGUCUACGACUCUCGUUGGGAUGCAAUGCACAGACCCCACAUAAGGUGGCAGUUGCCUCUCCGCAGUUGCAAUUGUCGCAUUCAUUCUAGCACCAAUAGUAACAGGAAUAGCAGUAACUUGUUGCUAUUGAAAAAGGUCAGCAUUGUGCUCAUAUUGUCUUUGUCCUCUGUGCACGCUGCACGUCAGCGUUGCUUGACGUGUCUCGCUUCUCAGGCUACCAUAGCCUCCGACCACAAACCACGACAGCAAUGAAGGAAGGCUCCAUCGUGCGUCGCGUUUUUGCGUGUUGCUCGUAGCCGUUGAGGCCCCCGUCUGUUGCCGCCGGCGGCGGAGUAGACAUCGCUCGCCGCAGCACCCGCCGGCCAGCCUCAAGAUGAACGGCGAGGGGCCAUCGGUGCCCAUCACGACCUUAGCGGCCGUGCAAGGGCUUACCGAUCUCCUGAGCGAGCUACCUUUACCGGUCAGCUUGCCAGGCGCCUGUGGGCCCGCUGCUCGGCCGUUAGUAGGACCACACGAAGCCGAUGAGGUCCGAAACAUUCUCGCGACCGCGAACUACCUCCUACCGCAAGUUAUGGAGGCCCUAUCAAGGACCAAUAUCGAAAAUCUUGACAUUGAAGAUGGCGGUCAGCCUCCACCAGGCAGCGGGAUGUCACACAUGUUACAGCACCUGUAUUCGCAGCAGCCGCAGCUACUAGCUUCACGGUCUGCUACAGGCGUGGGACAGCCGAGCGGUGCUUGGGGUCCCGGUGCCAACCAGUUCAGUUACCCCUCGGCCGGUCAGCCUAAUGCAUUCCCGCCGCACCAUACGCAAGCAAAUAACCAGCAGUUCGUGGCACCUCAACAGCAGGCGUCUUAUUACCGCCAGCAGCAGCAAACGAACAGUAAAAGCACUAACGGUAGCCAGUUCAACAACAACCAAUUCAAUCAGCAGGGACAACAAGGUCACUAUCCCCCACAGAAGGAUCACAGUGUUGCCAAUAUACUAGAAAAUCACCACGGAGGUUAUGGGCAGAAUAAUCUUCCAGGAGGCCAUAUGAGCGUACUGCACGGUGCACCCCAGUUGCAGCCGCAGCAACAUAACUCUAUGCAGAUGCCACCUGGCGGUCCCAUGCUAAAUAAUUAUAUGGCACCAACAGCUAAUGGUGUUACGGAUUCUACAAUGCUCGAUAAGCACAUUAACGAUCUUGCGCAAGGCUUUCCUGGAACGCCAAUAGAUCCUAAUCUUCAACCGGCAACCGUUCAAGCGCCCCCAACUCCUACACAGGUUACUCCUGGUACACCCAAUACGCCGCAGACAGAUAAAACCAACGUACCUCCGAAGAAAAAGUUUCGCUCGCGUGGUAAAGACCCAAAAGCAUGGGGCGGGACACCAAUUAAAAAGCGAAAAGAACCAGAACUCCGACCGGACGAGCUGUCGACAAUGGAUAGCCUUAUUGCGUCUUCCCUUACUGAACGGGUUAAACGGAGAAGGCGAGGCAACCAGACGAAGUACACGGAAGAAGAAGAAAAGAAGGAUGAGCAAGAUUCAGAGGGAGCAGUCGAUGCAGGCGCUAACGAAGAUGGGGACGAUUCCGAUUUCGAGGGACCGAAGGGUAAGGAAAAAAAGGACAAAGGGGAUAAAAUCGAUGGGACUUCCGGUACUAAUAAUAAAGAAAAGGCUACGACGAGUCCUAAGAAGAACCAUAAAGAGCCGACACCCCCUCCUAAAGAAAUUAUCAUCAAAAAGGCAAAGGUUAAAAAGGUGCGCCGUGAAGCUAUACCGGAAGCUAUAACAGCUGAGGAGCUUAUGGAAAGCACCACUUACCAGAGAUUCACGCGACUUGUCGAGAAAAUCUUCGAUGCUAUGGAAGACGUAGACUUAGCCCAGGCCGUCGACGAGGAAGAUACCUGCCCUGAAGAAUUCCUAAUCCCUCAUAAAACUCUAAAAGAGCUAACUGAUGAAAGCGCCAAGCUCAAAGUCUUGCGGGCUAUCAACCAGGUUCCUGCAGACAGACUUGUUCGGUUGCUGACCAUUUUGGAAAGAAAUAUUUUGGAUGGCUGUCGCGUAUGUCUUAGCGGCGAUCAUGAUGAAGAUGAAGGGGCCGCCCUAGAACUAAUGAUGGACAAAAUUCAACGAAGUGCAGACAGCUCGUUGACGGCUCUGUAUAUCAUGACAGCAGCCGAUAUGCCUGAGAAGGUCUUUCUGGAGGACGUGAUUGAGCGGAUAGUGACGUUUGUUAAGUUCCAAGUCCAGAACACCAUCUUUCCAGCCUUUGAUCCAGCGUACCGGAUAUCAAAGAAGGAUGAAGAGUCUACAGCGUCACUUAAACAAAAACGCUAUUACUCGUCUAUGAAAUCGCGCAGUCAGAAGAAUGUUACGCAACUGUAUAAUAAGCUUCAUGAAGCAGUGGGCCUGUUGGCUGAACUACUGAAAUUGCAGUCGCUAACGGAUACUAUCGUGUUGAAGGCGUCCAGCCUGGGUGUGAGCCCUUUCUUUGUCGAAGGCGUAUCUGAGCUGCAGCUAAAUGCUCUGCGUCUGGUCACGGCCAUCUUCACUCGGUACGUGCCGCAUCGUCAACUUAUCCUUGAAGACAUACUCGCAUCGAUAGCACGUUUACCCACUUCGAAACGAAGCCUCAGAAAUUAUCGACUGAAUUCAGAGGAACAGAUUCAGAUGCUUACCGCGCUGGUUCUCCAACUGAUUCACAGCGUAGUUAGACUGCCUGCGGUGGAAGCUACGAAGAAAGAGGAUAAAGAAGACAGUCCCGAGAAGAAAAAGCCUGCUGGCAGUGCGAUUAGUCGGGAUAAGGAUAAGGAAAGUGGAACCGAAAAGGAGGAAUACAAACCUCUUGAUGAGGUGGUGCUGAUGACUUCGUAUGACGAGGCACUUCGAACUGCUGUGAGUUUUCUCUCGGUCUUUCUCAAGAAGUGUGGAGUCAAACACGAGGAGAUGGAUUACCGGUAAGUCGGACAUAAUUAUGUUCAAAUGUGA